GCCUUGUCGUGGAUCUUCAUGGUCGAGUCGAGUUUGCCCAAGCCAUCCCCUGACUCCGCCAGUCUAGUCCGACGCUUAGCCGGCGCCUCUGUCACUAAAGCGGGACUUGACAACGACCAGUCUGAAAUCAACCGCAUUAUAGCAGAAGCUUCGAAGGGAUCCAAGUUCUAUGAGAAUGAGAAGCGGAAGGACAAAGAGCUAUCAGAACGUAUUGAGCGGAUACUCAAGCAACGCGAUGAAGUGCUGCAGGGAGCUAACACCCGAGCUAUCGAGAAGGAACUCGAUCAUACAAUCGAAGUGCUUGAGUCGCAACGCGACCUCAGUCAGUACAUCGUACAUGUCGACAUGGAUGCCUUUUUCGCCAAUGUUGAGCUUCUCGACGAUCCAUCUCUAGCGGGUAAACCUUUUGGUGUUGGUGGUGGUGUAAUGAGUACCGCUUCCUACGAAGCUCGGAAGUUUGGAGUGCGGUCCGGCAUGCCAACGUUCAUCGCCAAGAAACUAUGUCCAGACUUAAUUGUCGUUUACAGCCACUAUGCCCGCUAUAACGAGAUGUCAAACAAGGUAAUGAGCAUUUUCAGGAGAUACGAUCCUACUAUGUAUGCUGCAGGCUGCGAUGAGGGAUAUCUCAACAUCACAAAAUAUUGCCGCGAACACAAUCUCUCGCCAGAUGCCUGCGUUCAGGAGAUUCGUGAAACUGUUCAGAAAGAAACUCAAUUGACAGUAAGCGCCGGCAUAGCACCUAACAAGAUGCUAGCAAAGAUAUGCUCAGAUAAGAAGAAACCGAACGGGCAAUUCCACCUUGAGUUUGAGCCUGGCGUCAUCAAGGACUUCAUGAAAGACCUUUCCAUUCGCAAGGUGCCUGGCGUAGGUCGAGUCAACGAACGAUUGCUUGAAGCUAUUGGUAUACAUACUUGCGGAGACAUAAUCCAGCACCGAGCAGCAUUGUACCUCAUGGACAAACAAUUCGGACUGAAUUUCCUCCUAAAUACUCAUCUGGGCAUAGCUUCCAACGUUGUGCAACCAAUUACUAGGGAUCUCAGGAAAAGUAUUGGUGCCGAGAGGACGUUCAGUCCCAUCUCAGAUCGUUACAGGAUAUUUGCUAAAUUAGAAGAUGUAUGUGCCGAAUUAGAAAAGGACAUGGAUUCGGGCGGCUGGACUGGUAAGACGGUUACGCUGAAAUUUAAACUUGACACUUUUCAAGUCUUUACACGGGCCAAGUCUUUUGAUCGGUGGGUAAGCAGCAAGAAAGAAGACCUCUUUGCUAUUGGCAAGGAAUUAUUGAUCCCCGAACUCCCAGUAACAAUACGACUCAUAGGAUUGAGAGUGACCAAACUGAAGGAUCUUCGGGAAAAACCAUCUUCGGGAAAUGGGAUCAAAAGAUUUUUUGAGAGCGCGCCCUCGUCACCACGCAAGAGACAGCGGUUAGACUCAGACUCCGUACGUAACGACCCGCAUGCCAGGGUGCUGCAUCAACCCAUGGAGGAUGCGAUGCCGGGCUUUCACGAAGAAGAGGACAUGCCCCUUUCUCAGGCGGAAAUUGAAGAUGGCGAGGAUCUCGAUAGUGAAAAUGUUGAGUCUCCUGCGCAGUCUAUCGAAUCAUCGCGCCGAGCUCCUGUGUCUGCGCCCUCUCGAAUGGCCACCUACAAAGCUCCUGCAACGGGUAGUUCAGAGAAAGAGAGAGAUGAAUUUUCGUCAUCAACGUCGAGAAAGCCAAAAUCAGCAUGCCGGGACGAGGUUGAACCUACUGAAGGACUCACUUGCCCAAUAUGCCAGAAGAUGCUUGCGACGGACAACCAAGGGCUGAAUGCUCAUAUUGAUUUCUGUCUUAGCAAGUCCGCAAUUGCAGAGGCUCAGGCCGAUCCACAGCCCGAGUCCCCUCUACGGCGUCCUCGUAGUCGAACACCGGUUGAUACGUGGUGGACACAGCGACGACGACGAAAAACAUGACAUUACAUUCGAGCCAGAUAGUUGAUCUUAUGGGAGAACGGGGGACAAUUAUAUAUUGACUUUGAUGUCUACUGACUAUAUUCCACGUCCUAUCAUAAGCACGUCCUUUUGCGAAGGUGCUCGAUAUCAGGCUUUUGCCUGAGGUUGGCUUGAGUGGACGUCGGAUUGGUCUGUAAGUUGAAGCCGCGGAUGC